AUUUACAGUUUCAAGGAACCAUUUUCACUUGGGAAAAUGUUCCAUGGCUGUACUCAGGCAAUGGGCCGUCCCUUGACAUAUUUUUGUGAACAGUUUCUGAAUAAUGUAGUUGUGCUUCCACCAAGUUGUUUGCUAUUGAGAAGAAAAUUUGUGUGGGGAAGUGAAGUGAUAUAUUCACAUGGGCUCUGGCUUGUGUUGAGGUCCAUGCACUAUUUUUUUACCUACAAUUGUUUGUUUCUCUGUUGGAUGAUCACUUGGAUAUUGUAGUCUGCUAUUGCGCUGUUGUAUUUUACUAUAAUGAUGGGGAUAUUUGAGUGUAUGCCCAAAAGUUGAGCAGGAGUCAUUUUUGUUACAUGGCUGCUAAUGGCGCUUUGGAUGGGCCGUCUGGAGGUUUGAAUAUAAGCAUCUCUGCUGUGUACUUGGAUCGUCAUGGCUUGAUUGUUGCUGUAAUAAUUCAUGAGUUUUCUUUACUUUGUAAUUUGUUUAUAAAACAGUUAGUAAAUUCUAUCUUCUCAUCCAAGGAUACAGAAGGAUUUACCUAAAAUGGCUUUCGGUGACGACCCAGUGACGGUGUGUAUUUGCUGCGAAGUUAGUUCGAAACUUUGGAGAUGAGCUUUAUCAGUUUUUUUCCAGCAGGCAUUGUGCACAAUAAUUUUCUAGGAACUCAAACUUGUGGAUGAUAGAGAAUGAUAGUUACACCUCUCUAUGCCGGCUUUAGUAGAUCUCUAUAAUGCCUGUGGAAAUUUUUUUUUUCAACCCAUUGUAAACUUCUUUAUUUUUAUAUUUUUUCAUUUUAAUACUGCAUUAAAGAAUAUAUAUAUAUAUAUAUAUUGCUGAGUUAGUUACAGUUAUUUAUACUAUUAAUAUAUUAGCUAUGAAGGAUGCCUCAUCCGAACUACAGUUUUUGCCUUGUGCCUCCACUUAUAAAAAGCCGGCCUGCUGUGUCUACUCCGGCAACUUUUGUCAUUGUUGUUACAGUUUCUCUCUCUACUUCAGCAUCUUGAGUUGCCUCCCUCGGCCUCAAGGUAUAGUUAAAUAUAUUUAUAUUUAUCCAGUUGCUUUGGUUACAUAGUUGUAGUUGUCGUCAUUGUCUUCUACUUCUCUAUGAUUUAAAUGAGGUGAAUUUGGGUUCUAAACGCGUCAGUCUUAAAAGAGGAUAUGGAAAGAAAGGAAGUUGAAUUUGUGGACUGUAGUUUUGAGGAAACCAAGCCUAGGGGAAUGUAUAUGAGUGAUAGGCAUCUUCACCAAGCGUCAAUGGAGGGAAGAGAGAGAGUGAUGAUGAGAGAGAGAAGGUUUUUUGAAGCAUCAGUCAGUGGGAAUGUUGAGUCCUUGAACCAGUUGGUGCAAGAAGAUGAACUAAUUCUCGCUUGAGUUUCAUUCAGUUGCUCCAACGAGACUCCUCUUCAUGUAGCUGCCAUGCUGGGUCACGUGGAAUUUGCAAAAGCUCUUCUGAGUCAUAAGCGUGACAUGGUCGCUGAGUUAAAUUCACAGGGUCACUCACCUCUUCACUUGGCCUCUGCAAAUGGGUAUGUUGAGAUGAUGAAGAUUUUGUUAAUGGUGGACUCUAGUGUCUGUCUCGUUCGCGAUGAAGAUGGAAAGACUCCUCUUCAUCUAGCUGCCAUGAAAGGCCGAGUUGAUGUUGUAACCGAGUUGGUUCAGAUACGACAGGAAGUGACUCAAUACACCUUGGACAGGGGAGAGACCGUUCUGCAUUUAUGUGUGAUAGAUACAUAAUCAUUUGGAAGCUCUACAGCGAUUAAUGGAGUUGGGUAGUUUUGAUGAUUUUAUGAAUGUCACAGAUGAUUAUGGCAACACCAUUUUGCAUACAGCUACUGCCCUCAAGCAGAUAGAGACUAUGAAAUAUCUGCUCAAUACAACUGCAGUGAGAGUGAAUGCAGUGAAUGGAAAUGGUUUCACAGCAGUGGAUAUCAUAGAGCAUACACCAAAAGAUUUAAAAGCUAUGGAAAUCCGAGAACUGCUUGUAGAAGCCAGAGCUCUGAGAGCCAGAAUCAUACCUGCAUCGCCACGUGACUACCCCCAAGUCAGCAGUGAAUGUAACUGGAAUGAGAUGUCCCGACCAGUUCCAGAGCAUCGUGAAGUUGCAGCAGCACCAUCACUGACUGUUACACAUAGAGUUGCAAUGUCACGGACACCCUCACGAAGCAACAACAUAAUAAUUAGUGAUCAUUUGAAGAAGAAGUAGGACAUCCGAUUGACAGACAAGCGCGACUCUUUAAUGGUAGCUGCAACUGUGAUUGCAGCCAUGGCUUAUCAGGCGGGGCUAAGCCCUCCUAGUGGUGUUUGGCAAGAGGAUAAAGUAGAUAAAGAGACUCAGAGAAUGGUUUACUAUGCUAGAACAUCCGUUAUGGCUUUAUAACUAUCACUAUGGGUUCAAAGAAUUUUGGGUUUGCAACAUGCAAUGUCUUUUGUUGCUUCUGUGAGCACAAUUUUUUUGCUUGCAAGUGGGUUGCAACUGAAGAAAAGAUUUGUGAUGUGGCUUCUAACGGCUGCAAUGUGGGUGACAAUUACAUGUAUGGCACUCACCUACUUAAUUUCAAUGGUUGCCAUUUCGCCUGAGCAUGAGGCGGAUUCUAUAUUGAACGUAGUUGCAAUGUCGGUGCUAGUGUGGUUGGGACUAAUUGCCAUUAUCUUCAUAGCACACACUUGCCGUUUCAUCAGAUGGAUCUUCAGAAAGGUGCGAAAGAGUAGAAAUAGAAGUGUUUCUAGGAGGAAUGUACGUACGUGAAUGACAUCCUGAUGAGUUGAGAGCCAACAAGUAGGAUUGGAUUCAACCUCUACAUUUUUUUCCCCUUUACAAUGUCUGAAUGUUUUAUGACUAUGGUUUCUGGCUUCAUUUCUGGAUCAGUAACGUAAUUACAAUUCAUUAUAUUCAUGUAAUACCUGUUGUGUGUUUUGUAUCUCCAUUGGCAGCUGGUUUCAAGCAUUUUUAUAUAUC